AUGCGCCGCGCGGACUACGCGCUACGCCUGCCUGCGCUCGAAAUCCCUGUUGGAGCGCGGGUGAGCUUUGCACAGUGGCAUGUAGAAGCUUCUGCCAUGAAUGACAGCAGGUACACCACCGAGGCCUCAGAUCUUUUGUCCGAUUGGCACUUGGAGCAGUUGAGGCCUGACAUCAUUCGCCUGCCCCGGGGCAAGGCCAUUGUGUGGGACGUGAAGAGCAGCGAGGAAGUUUGCACCUACUUUGACAAGCGGCUCGGUGAGGGGCAGGACGAGCCGCCGUCGAGCGCGGUGCGGCAAUUGCUUCGGCAACUUGAUUUGCCAACAAACGCCAGCAAGGCGCAGAUUCGAGCUGCCUACCUCCGAAAGGUCAAGGUGCUCCAUCCCGAUGUUGCUGGCAAGUCGGCAGAGGAGAGCUUUUGCCAGCUGAAGGAGGAGUACGAGCACGCCAUGGAGGAAAUGAAGCAGGGCGCACACGGGCACGGGCAUGGUCACCGACACGCACGUCAUGCCCAUGAUUUCCAUGCUGCCCAUGCUCCACACCACUAUUCACACCGUCAUGGUCAUGGUCACCAUCGCCGUCACUGGGAUCCCAAUCCGUCCAAGCCGUGGAAGAGCACGACCCAAAGUGGUUGGGCAGCUGACAUGAGCAUCACACAAAGGCGUCGACUGGUGAGAUGUUCAGUUUUUGAAGGCGAGAUGUUGGCCUUGAAAGGCUUGGCAUCAUGUCGCUGUCUGCAUUUGGCGUCUUCGCUGUCGCCGUGUACAUGUUCUCUGAUUCGGCUCACUAUGCCGUCGCUCCACCGCGGCAUUUUCAGGACGGUCGAACUGGUGGAGCUGAGGCCAGCCAGCUUCCAAGGACGCCUCCAGAAAGGGUGUCUGAUUACUACAAGAGCCGCACGGCCAAACGCUCUGUGCGCGUUCGAGGCGGCGACUACGUAUCUCCUCCAGAAGCUUCAAAUAGCCAAGAGAAGCGUGAAGGCACUCAAAGCACAGCCAGCUUGGCUGAGAGUCAGUCUCCGGCUGCAGUGA